AAUUAAGUUAUAUAUCCGAUCCAGACAUCCGAUCUUCAAGCUUCAUUUCCGAUCGACGGUUUGACUAGAAGAUGGCUCCGGUUUCAGCUCUCGCCAAGUAUAAGCUCGUUUUCUUGGGAGAUCAGUCUGUUGGAAAGACCAGUAUAAUUACUAGGUUCAUGUACGAUAAGUUCGAUAAUACAUAUCAGGCUACGAUAGGUAUUGAUUUCCUGUCAAAGACAAUGUAUCUCGAAGACAGGACAGUUCGACUCCAGUUGUGGGAUACUGCUGGACAAGAAAGAUUCAGGAGUCUCAUUCCAAGUUAUAUUAGAGAUUCAUCUGUUGCUGUCAUUGUCUAUGAUGUCGCAAGCAGACAAUCUUUCUUAAACACGAUAAAGUGGAUUGAAGAAGUUCGCAGUGAGAGAGGUAGUGAUGUUAUCAUUGUCCUUGUUGGGAACAAAACCGAUCUGGUAGAUAAGAGACAGGUUUCAAUUGAGGAAGGUGAGUCAAAAGCUCGUGAUCUGAAUGUCAUGUUCAUUGAGACCAGUGCAAAAGCUGGAUUCAACAUAAAGGCAUUGUUCAGGAAAAUCGCUGCUGCAUUGCCUGGAAUGGAAACACUUUCAUCAACAAAGCAAGAGGAUAUGGUUGAUGUGAAUCUCAAGUCCACCAGCGCUAGUGCAUCACAGGGACAAAACCAAUCAGGGGGAUGUUCAUGCUGAUUAUGAUUGUUGUAGUACUCUUUUAUCCAGAACCCAUUAUUCUUGAAGCUGAAGCUCUCUAUCGUCGUCAAUUUGAAGUUGUUAGUUUGUUAAACAAUAUGAGAUUGUCUGAACAAUAUUUCUGUGAGGAGACAAGUUGUAGAAAGAAUUAUAUUCAAAAUAGAGUGUGUAUAAAACUGUUUGAAAAGAUUUUGUAUUGCAUUCAUUGUUGAAUUAUAUAAUCUUUAGUAUGCUU